CCAUGGCCGAGGAUGUGCCGGCCGCCCCGUUAGGCGGCGCGGGCACCCCGGGCCUGCACGGCGGCAUCAUCCAGUGGUUGGUUGACAAUUUCUGUAUCUGUGAAGGGUACAGUGUGCCUCGCUGCCUGAUGUAUGAGAUUUAUGUGGAGACCUGUGGUCAAAAUGCUCAGACCCAAGUCAACCCAGCCACGUUUGGGAAGCUUGUGCGUUUGGUUUUUCCUGAUCUGGGUACCCGGAGGCUAGGCACGAGAGGAAGUGCCAGGUAUCAUUAUGAUGGAAUCUGUAUCAAGAGAAGUUCUUUCUUCUAUGCCCAGUAUUGCUACCUUCUGGGAGAAAAAAGGUAUCACAGUGGAGAUAUCGUUGCCUUUGAAAACUCAACUAAUUAUAACAGCAUUAUCCAGCAAGAAGGAACAUGUGAAAAUCAUUCACCGAUAAAGACAGACCCAGUUGGAUCCCCUUUGUCUGAAUUCAGGAGAUGUCCAUUCUGGGAGCAAGAAUUGGCAAAGAAGUACUCCUACAAAAUGAUGGCCUUUCUUGCUGGUGAAUACUACAACUAUUGCCAAGACAUUUUACAAAACGUGAGGAACCGAGAACUUGAGAGGGUGGAGGACUUGCUCACUUCUUUCUGGAAAUCUCUUCAGCAAGACACAGCCAUGCUUAUGUCAUUGCCUGAUGUGUGCCAGCUCUUUAAAUGCUACGAUGCGCAGUUGUACAAGGGAAUUGAGGACGUUCUCCUUCAUGACUUUUUGGAAGAUGUUCCCAUUCAGUACCUGAAAUCUGUCCGGUUAUUUAGUAAGAAAUUUAAGCUGUGGCUACUUAAUGCUUUGGAAGGUUUUCCCGCCCUUGUGCAGAUCUCCAAACUCAAAGAAGUUACUGUGUUUGUCAAAAGACUAAGAAGAAAGACAUACCUUUCCAACAUGGCAAAGACUAUGAAAAUGGUAUUGAAAAACAACAGGAGGGUCAGCGUUUUGAAGUCGGAUCUACACGCCAUCAUCAAUCAAGGUGCUUUGGACACUUCCAAGAAAACCCUGCCGAGUAGCUCACGCAGCACGGCUGACCUGGAGACGCACACGGAGAUGCAAUGUUUAAGCAGUUUGAUUUCUUUGCUGGGGACAUCCACAGACCUCAGCGUAUUCCUGAAUUGUCUGUCUUCAAAUCUCCAAGCAUUUGUCCUCCAGCCAAGCAGAAACAAAGAAGAGUUUAUCAGACUGGCCGCCAGCUUCCAGCUAAGGUGGAAUUUCCUUCUUACCACUGUGAGCAAAGCCAUGACCCUCUGCCACAGAGAUAGUUUCGGCUCCUGGCAUCUGUUUCAUUUGCUGCUUCUGGAAUAUGUGAUUCAUAUACUUCAGUCAUGCAUUGAAGAGGAAGAGGAUGACGACGACAUGGGAAAUCUCGAAGAAGUGCUACCAGAUGACCAGCCUCUUGUCCAACCAGACCAGGCACCUUUCCACCCUCCAGAUUCUUCACCAGUUCAGGAGCAUGACAGCCCAUGCGUGGAUCCACAUCGGGUGACGCUGGAGCACAUAGGCCAAAGCCGAUGUCCCAUGGGUGUGAACAGUGUGUUUCUCAGGGUCCUGGGCUUCCUGGUGGACACUGACACGGGCGAUAAGCUCAUCCAGGUAUUGUUGGAGGACAAGGUCGCCGAAAGCGCCAUCGAACUCAGCCUUCCUGUGGGACAAGAGGCCCUAGUAACCCUAAAAGAUGGACAAAAAUUUGUAAUUCAUGUGUCAGAUGUACCCUAAAGCUCUGAAAAUGUUUUCUUCUGGGAAGGCAACUCUAAUACAUGAGACGAUUUAUUAGAAUAGGACAGGAGAAAACAGAUUUUUGCCCUUAAAAAUGUAUGAAACGCUAAAGCUUUUGUAUUGAUAAGAAAGAAGACUUUAUGUACAUAAUAGAGGUAGCAUUGUCUGUUUUGUGUUUAUGUGUGUUUCAAAGAGUUAGU